AUGAGUAGUCUUCAGGAUAUACUUCCCGGUGAUACUUCUACCAUUAGUGUUACUUCUUUGAGAUCUUUAAAUAAUAGGAAUACUAAAAAUCUUUCAUUAGAUUUGGAAGAAACUGUGCCGAAUGGUAGUUUUGCAUCCGGUGAAAGUUUGCUCACUUCAGCAGAUGAUGAUUGGUCUUUAAACAUGUCAAGACCUUUGACUGAUGGUUCCAUAAGACCUCAGUUACGUUCAAAACAUCAAACGUCUUUGAACAUUAAAAAUUCAUCUUCAUCGUCAUCUUCUUCUCCUACUUUGGUACCGCAUUUGAUGAGCAGGAAAAGUGAAUCUGCAAUAUAUACAGUUCCUAGUCUAUAUGGAAGGAAUUUAUCUCCAUCUUCUUCUUCUCCUUCUUCUUCAAUUUCCUCCUCUUCCUCUUCUUCAUAUUCUGGUGGUGUUACUAAUGGUAAUAUUGGUCCUCAACGGCUAACAAGAGAUGAUUUAUCAAGAAAUUCACUUUCCAUCAAUACAUCAGUUCUAAAUACCGAAACAAUCAUAAAUAGGAAUGGGUCUCAAGCUAUAUUUCCCUCUGUAAUGGAAACUGGAACACCUUUAACUUCAACAAGAAAAAAUCUAUGGGUAUUUUCGAAUAAUUCUAUUCGCAGUAAUAACAAUGACAAUACAAAUUCAGAUUUUAUUCAACAAGAAGUUUACAAAGAAAAUGCAUAUCCAGAAGGUCCACUAUUGGUAGUGGAACCCAAUAUUUAUCUUUAUUCAGAACCAAGUUUGGAGACAAUUUCAAAAUUCGAUAUAGUGAUUAAUGUUGCCAAAGAGAUACCGAAUUUAAAAUCAUCAAUUCCAAAUGAUUCAUCCAUUGACUAUUAUCAAAUUCCAUGGACUCACAAUUCAAAAAUUUUAUCUGAAUUAAACCAUAUUACAAAAAUUAUGCAUAUUGGUGUUAUUCAAAAUAAAAAAAUAUUAAUUCAUUGUCAAUGUGGUGUUUCUCGUUCAGCUUCUUUAGUUGUUGCAUAUAUUAUGCGUUAUAGAAAUCUAGGCUUAAAUGAAGCAUAUGAUCAAUUGAAAUUAGUGGCAACAGAUAUCAGUCCAAAUAUGGGAUUAAUUUUCCAAUUAAUGGAAUGGGGUGAAUUAUUAAAAAAAUUGGAUCCAAAUAAUGUAUCAACUCUGAAUUCACAAUCGUUGUCAUCUCCGCAGAUUCAUGAUAACUCAUUCCUUUCGUCAUCAUCAACAACUAAUCUUAGCUCAUCGAUAGAUAUACCUGAAACUCCAUCAGAAACUUAUAGAAAUAAUUCGUUUCCAAAUCCAAAUAAUCAACUAUUGAUGCACGAAAACCAUCAAAGCAUAAAACCAAAACUGUCUACAAUAUCAACAGAAAUUGCAUCUUAUCCAGAUGGUACAGCAAACCAUUUCUGGCCAUAA